GACGGGGGUUAAUAUUGACGAACAUGGGCAUCGAUAUCUGGUUAUCUGCCCCGAAGCCGGGGCACGUCCUGACAGGGAGGGUGGCGGGAAACGGUCCUCAUAGGCGAUUCGGAUUAUCAUGGGGAACGAUCAUCAACCAAGACCUCGGUAUUCCGCGACAUUGCUAUUAACAUACUACCUGUCUAUCAGGCCGAUACUUUGAUUUCAGCUGCUUGCCGUUCCCUGCGGCACUCACCAAUAUUAGCAAUGCGGGGUCUGGAGAUCCUAGGCAGCGUCGCCAGCGUCCUCGCCGCCGCCCCGGCGUGCGCCAGCGCCACUUCCAACAGGAAGCCGGAAAUCCAGCGUUUACCUCCUCUGCGGGAGCAGGCGGUGCUAGUAGACGGAUGGACCGAGGAGCGCAAGGCGCUGAUCCCGGGCCUGCUGCGCAAGUACCGAGUCGACGCUUGGUUGAUCAGCCAGCGGGAGUACGCCGAAGACACCGUGUUCUGGGCGCUCAAGGACGCGACGCAGUUCUCGGCGCCGCGGCGCACGACGCAUCUGUUCCUGGCGGAGCCGCUGCCCAACACGACGGCGCGCGCCUACUCCUGGAUCGACAACACGCCCGCCGUGUGGGCCGACCUGCGGCGGGUCCUGGCCGCCGUCGGCCCCCCCGCCACCGUCAGCGUCGCGCUCAACACCCACGCGGAGAUCGCGUUCGCCGGCGGGCUGCACGCGGGCGAGCGCGAUGCCCUGUACGCUGGGCUCGGCGUCGACGCCGGUGACGCCGGAGGAGACGCACAGCGGCUGACUCGCGACCGCUUCGUGCUCCGCCCCAUGCUUGCUGUCGAGUUCGUCGCCACCAUGGUCCCGGGCCGUCUCCCGUGGUACCGCCGGAUGAUGGAGACUGCCUGGGCGAUUAUCGAGGAGGCCUUCAGCGAGGCCGUCAUCGCGCCCGGCCAGUCGACGAGCUGGGACGUCGAGUGGUGGAUGCGGGAGAAAAUCCAGGCGUUGAAUUAUACCACCUGGUUCCAGCCGAGCGUGUUCAUCCUCACGGGCGACGGCUUUCUGGCCGCAGACGACUUCGUCGCCGCGAUGGACGACCCGAGGGCGCCGGACCGGCCGAUCCAGUACGGAGACCUGAUCCACACGGACUUCGGCCUCUCGGCUCUGGGCUUGAACACGGACACGCAACAUCUAGGCUACGUCCUCUACCCCGGGGAGACGGAGGCGGACGUGCCCAAGGGCAUGGUCGAGGGGCUGAAGAAGGCCAACCGGCUGCAAGACAUCGUCAAGGGCAACAUGAAAAUCGGGGCGACGGGCAACGAGAUAUUGAAGGCGUCCCUGGAGCAGAUGCGCAGGGAAGGCAUCGAAGGCAAGAUCUACUGCCACGCUACCGGGGAAUGGGGCCAUUCGGCUGGAGCACUCAUCGGCAUGACGAAUCUACAGGACAAGGUCCCGGUGCUUGGAGACCUCCCCUUACUAAAGAACACGUACUACAGCAUCGAACUCUACGCAGAACAUUUCGUGCCCGAGAGGAACAGGACUAUCGUGUUCCCCCAAGAGGAGGACGUCUAUUGGGACGAGGCGAAAAAUAGCUGGGAGUGGGUGUAUGGUAGACAGGAGGAGCUACUACUGAUCAGGACGCCUGCUGAGGAUAUCCGAACGAUUCUAGAGGAGCUAUGAGUGCGCAUAGAGGAGGGAUAUGCGCAU